CAAUUCACCUUAGUCGUGCAUUGCGGCUAUCAACUAUAUUCAAAUACCGCCAUGCUUACGCUCUUCAACCAGCACUGAUCCUGUUCUUCUUCUUUCUCUCUGUUGAUCUAUCUCACUUCACCGACCAAUGGUUUCUUCUAAUUUUUUGACAAUGUUAUUCCUCUUUCUUUCCCUUUCAUUCGCCCCAACACAACAAUCUUCCAAGCCCAAAGCACUAUUGCUUUCAGUGACCAAAGACCCCUCAACUCUACAGUACUUAACCCACUUCAACCUUGGAACCCCAUUUGUUCAGAAAAGCCUAGUCGUUGAUCUUGGAGGAAGAUAUCUAUGGAUAGAAUGUACAAAAGAUUACAAAUCAUCCACCCAUAAGAGUGGCAUUUGUGGGUCGGCUGCUUGCUUAGUAGCCAACUCUGAUAAUUGUACUGUAUGCUUAUCUGGCUCUAGGCCAAAGUGCCUCGACAAGCACAGGAGACCUUGUUAUAUCUACCCCGAAAACACUGUCGACAAUGGACCCGCUCAAUUCGGAAACCUCUCCUUGGAUAGAAUUUCACUUCAAUCCACAGAUGGCAUUACAUCUGGGCCAUUUGUUACAAUUAACAAAUUUAUCUUCGCCUGUGCCACUGAUAAGCUCCUCAUGAAUCUUGCCAAAGGUGUCAAGGGAAUGCUUGGACUAGGAAGGCAUCCUGCUGGGUUAUCAAUUCAGCUUUCGUCUGCAUUUGGUGGAAGUUUGCGUCGAAUUUUUGCUGUAUGUUUGCCUUCCCAAUCCAAAACCAAUGGGGUAAUCGUUUUUGGUGACUCAAAUUAUUUGUUCUACCCAGAUUAUAACACAUCAAAGACCAUUAAUUUAUCUUCCAUUUUCACUUACACACGACUUGUUGUCAAUCCCGUAAGCACGUCCAAAAUUUACGAAACGGGAGAGGCGUCGGCUGAUUACUUUGUUGAUCUUCAGUCGGUUAUGGUGAACAACAAAAUAGUUCCAAUUAACUCUUCAUUGCUUACUUUCAAUGAGUGGGGCUUCGGUGGAACAAAAUUAAGCACAGUCAAUCCAUACUCUGUUCUUGAAGCAUCUAUCUACAGUGCUUUUGUGAAGCUGUUUGAUGAUGAGAUUAUUGCAACUCGUAAUAUCAGCAAGGUUGCAGCUGUGGAGCCUUUUGCUGAAUGUUACAGCAUUGGGCAGGUGGGUGUUGCAUUAACCGGGCUUGAUGCCCCUUCUAUUCGGUUUGUGUUUAAGGACAACACUUUCUGGGAACUCCAUGGAGCUAAUUCAAUGGUGCAGAUCAGUCGUGAUGUGAUGUGUUUGGGCUUUUUGGAUGGCGGUAAUCAGGUGACGAUAUCAAUUGUGAUAGGGGCGCAUCAAUUGCAGGAUCAUCUUCUUCAAUUUGAUCUAGAUGCUUCUAAGCUAGGAUUUACUUCUAGUCUUCUCUCUAGAGGAAUUAAAUGUUCCAACUUCAAAUUCUGAGAGGACAGCAGUUUGCAUUAAUGCUGCAGAUGCCAUUGUUGUAUGAUGAUCUGUGGUAAUGUGUCUUGAUUACAGUAAUGAUAAUAAAACUCUAUUCCUCUAAUAAAAGUACAUUAACAAGUUAACAA